UUGAACAGUCUUUCCCAAAUUUUUAGCGAUUUAAUUUAACGCCACAUCUCCAUCCAUUUCGUGCUCUCAUUCACCCUAUUUCUUCCUCCGCGAAUCAACUAUACAUACACAUAUACACACAUACCUACAUACAAACGUAUCGGAAGAUGUGGCGAGCUGUGUCUCGUGGUCUUCGCAUUCCGGCGAGGAGAUCCGUCGCCGGCGAAACAACUAAACCUCAGUACCGCCGAUUGUUCUCCACUCAAGCGCAAGUGGGAGGUUCAUCUUAUACUAUAGUGGAUCAUACAUAUGAUGCUGUGGUGGUAGGUGCCGGUGGUGCUGGGCUCAGAGCAGCAAUUGGGUUGUCUGAGCAUGGAUUCAACACAGCAUGCAUAACCAAGCUCUUCCCAACUCGUUCGCACACAGUUGCUGCUCAGGGUGGAAUAAAUGCUGCAUUAGGUAAUAUGAGCGAGGAUGACUGGAGGUGGCACAUGUAUGACACUGUCAAAGGAAGUGAUUGGCUAGGUGAUCAGGAUGCCAUUCAAUAUAUGUGCAGAGAAGCUCCAAAAGCUGUUAUUGAGCUUGAAAACUAUGGUCUGCCAUUUUCUAGAACGGAAGAAGGAAAAAUAUAUCAACGGGCAUUUGGUGGUCAAAGUUUAGACUUUGGCAAAGGUGGACAAGCCUACCGUUGUGCAUGUGCCGCUGAUCGAACUGGGCAUGCUUUGCUGCACACAUUAUAUGGGCAGGCCAUGAAGCAUAACACACAAUUUUUUGUGGAAUAUUUUGCUUUGGAUUUACUUAUGGCUAGUGAUGGUAGUUGCCAAGGUGUUAUUGCAUUAAACAUGGAGGAUGGGACGCUGCAUCGCUUCCAAGCAUCUUCAACAAUUUUGGCUACUGGAGGAUAUGGCAGGGCAUACUUUUCAGCAACUUCUGCCCACACUUGCACUGGGGAUGGCAAUGCUAUGGUUGCUCGUGCUGGACUUCCUCUUGAGGAUCAGGAAUUUGUACAGUUUCAUCCAACUGGAAUAUAUGGUGCUGGUUGCCUUAUUACUGAAGGUUCACGUGGUGAAGGUGGCAUUCUUAGGAAUAGUGAAGGUGAGAGAUUUAUGGAACGAUAUGCCCCAACCGCCAAGGAUCUUGCUUCAAGAGAUGUUGUUUCAAGAUCUAUGACUAUGGAAAUUCGGGAAGGGCGUGGUGUAGGGCCACAGAAGGACCACAUAUAUCUCCACCUGAAUCACUUGCCACCAGAGGUCCUCAAGGAAAGGCUUCCUGGUAUUUCUGAAACUGCUGCUAUAUUUGCUGGUGUUGAUGUUACGAAGGAACCGAUACCUGUUUUACCUACCGUUCACUAUAACAUGGGUGGAAUUCCAACAAAUCACCAUGGAGAGGUCGUUACAGUCAAGGGAAAUGACCCUGAUGCAAUAGUUCCUGGACUUAUGGCUGCUGGAGAGGCAGCUUGUGCUUCUGUUCAUGGUGCCAAUCGUCUUGGUGCAAACUCUCUUCUUGAUAUUGUUGUGUUUGGUAGAGCUUGUGCAAAUAGGGUAGCAGAGAUACAAAGACCAGGAGCAAAGCAAAAGCCUUUAGAAAAAGAUGCUGGUUCCAGAACCAUUGAGUGGUUAGAGAAGAUAAGAAAUUCAAAUGGCUCACUUCCAACCUCAAAAAUCCGGUUGAAUAUGCAACGAGUAAUGCAAAAUAAUGCUGCUGUAUUCCGUACACAAGAAACCCUGGCAGAAGGGGUUAAAUUGAUUGAUGAAACGUGGAACAGCUUUCAUGAUGUUCAGGUGAAGGACCGAAGUUUGAUAUGGAAUUCUGACUUGAUAGAGACAUUAGAGUUGGAAAACUUGUUAAUCAAUGCAGCUAUUACCAUGCAUUCAGCUGAAGCAAGAAAAGAGAGCAGAGGAGCUCAUGCUCGUGAAGAUUUUACGAAAAGAGAUGAUGAGAAUUGGAUGAAGCAUUCAUUGGGAUACUGGGAGAAUGAGAAGGUACGGCUGGACUACAGGCCUGUUCACAUGAACACAUUAGACGAUGAGAUUGAAACGUUCCCACCUAAAGCACGUGUGUACUGAGGUAUGGUAUUGAAGGAUACAUGUGGUUGGGGAAAAAUAUAAUAUUUUCUUCUAAGAAGUCCGCAAUAAAUUUCCUGAGACCUAGAAAAUUUCUAAAUAAUGACGUCAUUUGUCAAACUGCAGUCGGGGUGAGUAAGCUUGUCUCUGUCAUGAGCAAGGGUGUGAGAAUACCUCACUUGUAUUGAUCAUGUUCCUGGCAACAAAUAUUUUAUACUACUCAUAAAAAUGACUCCAAACUUUCAAUUACUAGUAACAACUGGAUUGGAAGUUAAAUCAAAGUGUUAUCUUAUUAUUGGUAGCUCAGUUGAACUUUGUUUUAGAACAAAAUGCUUACUAUAAUUUCGUGAGCAUUAUGACUUUGGAUGACAUUUUGGUCAUUGUAUUUGUGUAUCAAAUGUGAGAUUAGUUGCUGUUUA